GCUCGCCGGGACCAUGCGUGCGCUGCUCGUGCUCGGGUGGCUGGCUCUGGCGCUGGCCGAGCGGCCGCUGGUGCAGCUCGGGGACGGCACGCUGCGUGGAGUCACACUCCGCUCGUUCGAGGGGCGCCAGUACGCCGCCUUCAAGGGAAUCCCGUAUGCCCGACCACCGGUGGAUGACCUGCGCUUCCGGCCGCCGCGCGCUCACCCCGGCUGGUCGGGGGUGCGCGACGCCGCCCGGCACGGCCCCAUCUGCCUGCAGUACAACAUGAUGGACAGCAACGUCAUGGAGGGUCAGGAGGACUGCCUGUUCGUCAACGUGUACUCGCCCCGGCUGCCAGCCGGUGACGGUGAGCCCCGUCUGCCCGUCAUGGUGUGGAUCCACGGCGGAGCCUUUAUCAGCGGCUCCGGCGACGCAGAUCUCCACGGCGUCGACUUCCUGAUGGACGAGGAUGUCGUGGUCGUCACGUUUAACUACCGACUCAACGUGUUCGGCUUCUUCACCACUGAUGACGCUGUGGCGCCGGGCAACGUGGGUCUGCUGGACCAGGUGCUGGCGCUGCAGUGGGUGCACAGCAACAUCGCACGCUUCGGCGGCGACCCGCAGCUGGUGACGGUGUUCGGCGAGUCGGCCGGCGGCGCCAGCGUCUCGCUGCAGGUGAUCAGCCCGCUAUCCGCCGGCCUCUUCCACCGGGCCGUCAGCCAGUCGGGUGGCGCCUCGGCCUUCUGGGCGCUGGGCGACCGUCAACGGCCCCUGGCGCUGCACUUCGCUGCUGAGCUCGGCUGUCCCUCCGAGGAGAGCCGGGCCGUGCUGGAGUGCGUGCGUCGCGCGCCGGCGGCCGACAUCAUGCGCGUGCUGGGCGCGCUCGGUCCAUACAGCUCAGUGGUGAACGGCAUGUGGACCCAGUUCCGCCCUCGAGUCGACCAGGAGUCCACGUCGCCGUUCCUGCCGGAAGAGCCGAACGUGCUGCUCCAGCGGGGCGAGUUCAGCCGCGUGCCCUGGAUGAUGGGCUGCACACAGGAUGAAGGUGCGACCGUUGCUGGCGCCUUAUUCCCAGACCCGGACUUGCUUACGCGAGCCCAGGCAAUGGACCCGCAAGUCUGGGCAUCGGAGGUUCUCCCUCGUGGCGGCGGUAUUCCAGACAAGACAGCAAAGUCGCUCGAUAUCGCCGCUAAGAUCCAAGACUUUUACCAGAGCCGUGGCAAUGCAGCUCUCAUGGAUUACCUCAGCGAGCGCUACUUUACUCUGACCCUGUCGGUCGAGUCCGAGCUGGCGUCGCAGUACGUUCCCGUGUACAAGUACGUGCUGGACCACGUGGGGCCUGGCCAGCUGCGCUUCGCCGACCUGCUGCAGAUGCCGCUCCCGCCAUUGCCCGUCGUGGGGCACGCUGACGACCUGCCCUACCUGUUCCACGGCGAGCGGCAGUCGCUGCCGGAGCGUGGCUCGCCAGAGUACGCCAUGAUCCGGCUGCUGGUCAGCCUGUGGACGAGCUUCGCGCGGCGCGGCUACCCCGCCACGGACGUGGUGGCCGCGCCCGCCUGGCCCAUCUUCACAGAGCAGAGCCAGCGCCACCUGCGGCUGAACGCGGCGCCGUCGCUCGGCGCCCGCGCCUUCGAGGAGCGCGUCCGCUUCUGGAGGAGCCUGCCGCUGGCCGAGUCCUGGAACGCGCACGAGCGAUCGUCCAGUCGACGGCGCGACGAGCUCUGACCGUGGCUGCGGUUGGGUCUUAGUGGUUUUGCGAAUAUGCGGCCACCUGUGCAGCUGCCCCACUGGGCUGUCAUCCCACAACACCCCUAAGGCUGCUCCCCCUGCUGUCGUGCAACGGGUCGGAUGCGCCGAGCUUUAGGUCCAAUAUCGAGUUCUGCCGCAGGUUAGGCCACAAGGCGUCCGCCCAGCCCCUCAACUAAUAAAUUGCGGCUGAAAGUGACGCCGUUAGACGUGAUUUGACCGAUAAAUAAUACGUUGAAGCCAAACAAUAUGCUCCAUCAUGCUCUUUCGUCUGAAAAUGGUACCGCGUGCGUGUUUUCCAUGCUAUAAUGCGUUGCGCGACUUACCACUGAAACAUCUUCUGUAAUUUCAUUUCGUGUAGACGUGUUAUUGAUAUUGAAUCAGGUAUAGUUGCACUGCUCUUCAUAAACAUUUACUGGCAGACAUGCUUAAGGAAACCAUUUUGGUGAAAUGGAGGCCGAUCCCAAUUCUUUGGGUCAGCUUCAUGGGUGCUGGCCAUCCUAAGUGUAUGAGCAGAUUUCUGUUAGUAGUUAACCAAUCUUCAAACUAAUGUCAGCGAAUGAAUAAACAUAGUAGUGUAUGCA